GCCGGAGGCUUCACAGUUGGUGCCGGGCUCUUGAGAGAAAAACUCAUUGGCGGAUUAAUUAAAUUAAAUAAUAAUCAAGAGCAGCAGCACCAUGCAGUCGACCUUAAGUUUUGUGAUCCUAGGCCUUUUCUGCAUCGCCUUCGGAGAUGAUAAAGUGUUUAUACCGCCCUACAUCCAAAGAUGUGACAUAGACGAAGCCAAUUUGACGGAUUGCGUGAGAGAGCAGAUAGUGAACAGCCUCCCACACUUCACCAAAGGAGUUCCCGAGCUGAACGUACCCUCGCUGGACCCUGUCAAGCUGGACGACAUCAAGAUCGAUGGGAACGGACUGCUCCUGAAGUUCACUGAAGCCGCUAUGCACGGGCUUAGCAACGCUGAGCUUACAGAUCUAAAAUUGAAUCUUGGAGAGCUCGACGAAGAAUUUUCCUUGUCGUUUAAAUGCAAUUUCAGUUUAACUGCUCAAUACGAGGUGGAUGGUCGCAUUCUAAUUCUACCAAUUAAAGGAAAAGGAGAUGCUUUUGUAUAUGCACAGGGAGUUCAAGUACGAAUCGACAGCAAACUCAUUCACGUGAAGAACAGCAAGGGCGAGCACUUCAAACUGGUCACACCCAUGUACAAAUAUGACAUCGAGCGCACCACAUUCGACUUGAAGAACCUAUUCAAUGGCAACAAGCAAUUGGCGGAGACUACUCUUAAAUUCGCUAACGAAAACUGGAGACAGCUUAUGGACGAACUAGCGCCGCCAGCGAUCAAGCAAAUCGUCAUCACCUGUGUUAAAGCGAUGAACAAAUUCUUCGCGAACGUCCCGAUCGGAAAAAUGGUCAUAGGCUACAAAGACCGGCUAUAAUGUGAUAAAGAUAUUAUAUUAUAGUUAAUUAAAUUUAAGUACCUAAUGUUAACAGGUGUGGUAUACGUCAAAGUAUCUUACGACUGCAUUCAUGCGAUGUGAAAGCUAUUUAUUUUAUUGAGAUGAUUUUACUUCAUUAAAAUCAUAAUCGUUCAUUUACUAAUUUAAUGCAUCUUGUUUUUGUUUGGCAAAGUAUUACAAAUGGAUUACCAUUAAAAUACAUGUCAGAACUUCACAAAAGAUGGAACUACAGUUUAAAAGGCAUGGAAUGCAGUUUCACUGUGAUACAAUAAAAUAUUACAUAAUUGGUAUAUACUCAAGUUCGCACAAUUGUAUGUUAAUAAUUGAUUGUUAGUGAGACUUUUUAUUGUUAAAAAGUAACAAUAAAUGCUUUUUAAACAUC